GACACAGGUGUUCGAAUCAAGGCGUUGUUUUUCUGAUUCUACUGAGUCCAUUUUUAUACAUUUGCACCUCGACAAGAGAAACAACACUUAUUGCAAUUUGGAAGUAUUAAAAUAAAGGGUUAUUUAAGACUUAGCAUUUUUUAUAGUGAGCUCCCGGUUUUCUAUUUCGUUUUUUAAAUAAUUUGUGUAUUUAUAGUUUUUGGCCGUGUGAGCCUCACAGUUUACACUAAUCUUCACAAAUAUUCAUGCAUUUUUUUCCAUUAAAGUUAUAUAUGCUCAUGUGUGAACUCCAUUGUAGAAAUAAGUAUUUUGUAUUUGCUUUAGAUAAAACCAUAUUUACUCCGAUUGUAUUUGUAUUUCAUUUAAUUUAAGUUAAAACAGACGAUUUGACCUAAAUAACAGAAAAAACAAAACGCCGUAUUUGUUGUAAAUUCUUUUGCACUCUUCAAACUUAGUUCACUUUCUUUGGCUUAUAACUAAAACGUGUAAAGGUGUUAACCAGACCCGGGUGUUUCACUAAACGGUUAACUGAGGGGUCGGAGCCCGAUGAUGUUGGAGACUGUUCCCCCUCUGUGUGACAUCACUGCUGGACAAAGCAGUAAGGAGUGGUUUCCAUGAAGAGUCCCAAAUCAAUGGACCAAACCCACACACUCUGAAAAAACCAUCACAGCACUUUUAUACGACGCCUAAAAACGGUUUUUGAGUCGCUACCAGAGGAGGAAUGAACUGCUGUGGAAGAUAACGUCGUCGGUUCUGCUUUGCUCUGCUGGACGGACACAAACAAAGUCAACGCCGGGGGAGUGUCGGUGGUUUUUUUAAAGCUUCGUCCUCCUGACAUGCUCUGUGUCUGAAGACGGUGAAUCCAAACCUCCAAGACCAUGCUGUCCCUCCUGCUGCUGCCACUAAUGCUCGCCCUCCGCGCCACAGCUCAAAUGGAGGUUGAGGUUCCGUCCCUGCCCCAGGUGGCGCUGCACGGCCGGGAUGCCGUGCUGAACUGCUCCUUCAGCCACGUCAGCCCCUUCAACCUGUCACACCUGAGCGUCUUCUGGCAGCUGACCGACACCAAACGUAGUGUCCACAGUUACUGGGGGGGGCGAGACCAGCUCACGGACCAGGCCGAUCGCUUCGCCAACCGCACCAGACUGUUCCCCGACCGGCUGGCCCUGGGCAACGCCUCGCUGCUGCUGAAGGAGGUCGUGGUGGCGGAUGAAGGAAGCUACACCUGUUUUGUCCGGGUGCAAGAUUACGGCAGCGCUGCUCUGCUCCUGCAGGUGGCAGCUCCCUACUCCAAACCAGUGGUAACAUUGGAGCCUGAAUCCAACCUGCGACCAGGUGACGAGGUUGCCCUGACGUGCACAGCUUAUGGUGGAUUUCCUGAGGCCGGCGUGGUGUGGCAGGACGGCGCUGGGCGCAACCUCACUGAGAAUAUCACCACUUCAGUGGUAGCCAAUGAGGAGGGCCUGUUCACCAUGACCAGCGUUCUGACCGUGGAGUUGGAGCCCAACAGCACCUACAGCUGCCUACUGAUCAACCCCCUGCUGGGGGAGGAGGGCAACGCUUUUGUCACAAUCACAGGUCAGAACAUCACGUUCCCUCCGGUGGCUCUGUGGGUGACUGUUGGCCUGGCCGUGUGUCUGCUGCUGCUGCUCGUCGCCCUCGCUGCCGUCUGUCGUAGGAAGAUCAAGGAGAGCUGCGAGGAGGCCAGAAGAGAAGCUGAAGAGGCCAAGGAGCUGGAGAAAGACGACUCAAAGACAGAAAGACCAACCAAUGUCUGGAGGCUGUGAGGCUGCUGUGACCAGAUGAAACCGUCCAGUCCACCCUGACGUAGACGUAACACAAAGAUGGGUUUUAGUUGGACUACAGGCUGCAUCACUUAUCUUUAGCUUAGCAUGUUGCUCUACAUCUGAUGACGCGGAGCUCUGCCUCCCUUUCUCUCUCACUCUCCGCUCAGAUCUGACUCUUUAGCCCUGGAAGAGAGCCUUAGCCAGUGACCCAGUUCUUUCAAAGAAGAAAUGUUGAAAAGAACAAUUUGACACAGACCCUGAGAAGAGGAGCUGCUGAAGGAAAAGGGUUUAUUAACACUUCUUAACUGAGGCGAGGUCCCAUGAAGGUGCACGGUUAGGGAGUAUCAGGCCUCAGAGCAGACAGUGUUUCUUAUCAGUGUGAAGUCGUCCAUCAAUGGCCAGCAGCUCAUUCUUCAGUUCAAAGAACCCACAGUCAUGUGACAGUCAUGUGACCGUGGCUCUUCAGUAAACAGUAGAAUGUCUUACAGAUUUAGGAAUAAAGAAUGAGUUUAUAUUAAAAACACUUUAAACUGGUUUUAUCCUAAUUUUCUUCAUCCUCCCCCGUUGUCUCCCCUUCUUCAUUUUGUUCCUGAACUAAGAAGAAUUUAUUGGACCUUUUUGACAUUUGUCAACAUCAGAGACAAUUAUUUUGUACACUGAAAAUACAUAUACCUGUGAAAGCUCCUUUGAUGAGACAGGAAGUUGCGUCCCUUGUUCUUGUGUUCUAGUUGGUAUACCGAGACAAACAGAAUCAUUUGUGAGUGAAAGUCACGUCUGUCGUUUGGAGGCUGAAACAGACCCACGUUCACGACUGUGUUCCUUCAGUCCCUGUUUAAAGAAUCUCUCUCCAUAAAACUGCACCUUUGGGGAGAUGGGAUUAGAUGUGAAAUGUAUAAUUUUGUUUUGCAGAACCCGAGGCUGUGCAAUUUACAUCCUGCUGUUUGUUCCACAUUAGCCUGAACGCCAGACCAGAGAGAAAUUUGUCUGGUGAUGAUAGAACUGAAUGUGUGCUAGAGCCUGCUUCCUGGUACACACACACUCAGCCACACAGUGUGGACUGAACAUAUGUAGAUAGACGGUUCAUGUAGACCUCAACAAAACACUUCAAAGGCUCUGAUCAAAGGCUCAUACAUGUAUACAAAUAUAAACCAGUCGUUGGGUAAUACUGAUCCAGGUCUCACGCCUACUUUAUUAUUUAUUGUGUUUUUGUUUUCUUUUAAAACGUCCUGAUAUGAAACACACGAGGCAGAGUCUCAACAUUUGACUCUCAGACCUUGAGGAUGAGACAAAGUUGUCUCAGGAAACAGAGGGACAGUAGCAGCAGCUAAAUCAUCUGGAACAGAGAAUGUUGAAGCACAGAGAGCCUGACAUCACACCAACGUCCAACGGAAAAUAGAGAAGUUACUGGA